GACUUGGCCACCAGAACUGCAAGGUACCACAGUUGGCCUGCAGUUUGGAUGCGACCAGAACCGGCUAACCGACUUGGCCACCAGAACUGCAGUAUGUAUGUCUGCACCCAGCUAACUAACUUGGCCUCUUGAACUGCUGUAUGUAUGUAUGUAUGUAUGUAUGUAUGUAUGUUUGCACCCAGCUAUCUAACUUGGCCUCUUGAACUGCAGUGUGUCUGCGUGCGUGCGUGCGUGCGUGCGUGCGUGCGUAUGUAUGUGCGUACGUAUGUAUGUGCGUGCGCGCGUGCGUAUGUAUGUUUAUGUGUGUGUGUAUGUAUGUUUAUGUGUAUGUAUGUUUGUGUGUGUGUGUGUGUGUGUGUGUGUGUGUGUGUGUGUGUGUGUGUGUGUGUGUGUGUAUGUAUGUUUGUGUGUGUGUAUGUGUGUGUGUGUAUGUGUGUGUGUGUAUGUGUGCGUGCGUGCGUACGUACGUAUGUAUGUAUGUAUGUUUAUGCGUAUGUAUGUUUAUGCGUGCUUGUGUGUGUAUGUUUUUGUAUGUGUGUGCAUGCGUACGUACGUAUGUAUGUAUGUAUGUAUGUUUAUGCGUAUGUAUGUUUAUGCGUGCUUGUGUGUGUGUGUGUGUGUAUGUAUGUUUAUGUUAUGUGUGUGUGUGUGUGUAUGUAUGUUUUAUGUUGUGUGUGUGUGUGUGUGUGUGUGUGUGUGUGUGUGUGUGUGUGUGUGUGUGUGUGUGUGUGUGUGUGUGUGUGUGUGUGUGUGUGUGUGUGUGUAUGUUUAUGUGUAUGUAUGUGUGUGUGUGUAUGUUUAUGUGUAUGUAUGUGUGUGUGUAUGUGUGUGUUUGUGUGUUUGUUUUACAGGUACCACAGUUGGCCUGCGACCAGAACCGGCUAACCGACUUGGCCACCAGAUCUGCAGUAUCUGUCUGCACCCAGCUAACUAACUUGGCCUCUUCAACUGCAGUAUGUAUGUAUGUAUGUAUGUAUGUAUGUAUGUAUGCACGUAUCCACACAGGUACCACAGUUGGCCUGCAGUUUGGAUGCGACCAGAACCGGCUAACCGACUUGGCCACCAGAACUGCAGUAUGUAUGUAUGUAUGUAUGUAUGUAUGUUUGCACGUAUCCACACAGGUACCACAGUUGGCCUGUUGAACUGCAGUGUGGAUGCAACCAGAACCAGCUAACUAACUUGGCCUCUUGAAGUGCAGUAUUUUGUGGAUGCAACCAGAACCAGCUAACUCACCUGUCCUGUUGAACUGCAGUUUGGAUGCGACCAGAACCGGCUAACCGACUUGGCCACCAGAACUGCAGUAUGUACCUUUUAAAGACGCGCAAGGAUGGAUACCUUCAUGUGGAGUUGUGUUUUUAAUCAUCCAUAUUCAUUCAACCACUUAUUUGUUCUUAUCCUUAAGGUAAGAGGUAAGGUAAGGUAAGCCUUUUUACUGGGUAAAAGCACAGACUUUGAAAACUUGCCAUGGGGAUAAACGUUGUCACACAAGUUAACCACUGUAAAAAAACAAAAAAGGCAAACUAUUUAAAACGUAAGGUCACACAAGUGUCAAAAGAAUUUAAACACACUCACUGCGCAGUUUGUGUAAAAGGGGAAAAAAUUCUUGUGUAUGGUGUUUUCAAAAAGCAAAACAGAAACUUGUCACAAAUGUAUGAAAUAACUUCUUAACAAGAGCUCUUGUGUGUGUCAAAAUCAAAACAAAAAUCAAAAUGUGCAAACUUCACAAAAGCAAAAGGUGCAAAACAUUGUUGGGACAAGUGUUAAAAGGUUGGUCACACAAGUUGACCACUGUAAAACUGGAACAAAAUGUGUAUACUGUGUCUGAAGGUUUAAAAAAAAAAAUAAAGAGGUCUUGUGUGUGUGUGUGUGUGUGUGUCAUAAUCAAAGCACUUGUGUGACAAAUCUAAAAAUAACACUAACUCAAAGGUUUUUUUUUCCAGGAAACACGGUAAAACAAAGGGUCACAAAAAACUGAAUAACGACAGCUCUUGUGUUUGCCAUGGUGUCAAAAACUGCAAACUUGGCAAAAAAAUGUGCAAAAUGUGACAAGUGUGAUUUUUUUUUUGAAGGUUUAAAAAACAACAACAAGAGGUCUUGUGUGUGUCAUAAUCAAAGCACUUGUGUGACAAAUCUAAAAAUAACACUAACUCAAAGGUUUUUUUUCCAGGAAACACGGUAAAACAAAGGGUCACAAAAAACUGAAUAACGACAGCUCUUGUGUUUGCCAUGGUGUCAAAAACUGCAAACUUGGCAAAAAAAUGUGCAAAAUGUGACAAGUGUGAUUUUUUUUUUUGAAGGUUUAAAAAAAAAAAAAAAAAACAAGAGGUCUUGUGUGUGUCAUAAUCAAAGCACUUGUGUGACAAAUCUAAAAAUAACACUAACUCAAAGGUUUUUUUUCCAGGAAACACGGUAAAACAAAGGGUCACAAAAAAUUGAAUAACAGCUCUUGUGUUUGCCAUGGUGUCAAAAACUGCAAACUUGACCAAAAAAAAAGCAAAAAAAUUUGCAAAAUGUUGUGACAAGUGUGAUUUUUUUUUUUGAAGGUUUAAAAAAAAAAAUACAAGAGGUCUUGUGUGUGUGUGUCAUAAUCAAAGCACUUGUGUGACAAAUCUAAAAAUAACACUAACUCAAAGGUUUUUUUUCCAGGAAACACGGUAAAACAAAGGGUCACAAAAAACUGAAUAACGACAGCUCUUGUGUUUGCCAUGGUGUCAAAAACUGCAAACUUGGCAAAAAAAUGUGCAAAAUGUGACAAGUGUGAUUUUUUUUUUUUUGAAGGUUUAAAAAAAAAAAAAAACAAGAGGUCUUGUGUGUGUCAUAAUCAAAGCACUUGUGUGACAAAUCUAAAAAUAACACUAACUCAAAGGUUUUUUUUCCAGGAAACACGGUAAAACAAAGGGUCACAAAAAACUGAAUAACGACAGCUCUUGUGUUUGCCAUGGUGUCAAAAACUGCAAACUUGGCAAAAAAAUGUGCAAAAUGUGACAAGUGUGAUUUUUUUUUUGAAGGUUUAAAAAAAAAAAAAAAAACAAGAGGUCUUGUGUGUGUCAUAAUCAAAGCACUUGUGUGACAAAUCUAAAAAUAACACUAACUCAAAGGUUUUUUUUUCCAGGAAACACGGUAAAACAAAGGGUCACAAAAAAUUGAAUAACAGCUCUUGUGUUUGCCAUGGUGUCAAAAACUGCAAACUUGACCAAAAAAAAAAAGCAAAAAAUUUGCAAAAUGUUGUGACAAGUGUGAUUUUUUUUUUGAAGGUUUAAAAAAAAAAAAAAACCAAGAGGUCUUGUGUGUGUCAUAAUCAAAGCACUUGUGUGACAAAUCUAAAAAUAACACUAACUCAAAGGUUUUUUUUCCAGGAAACACGGUAAAACAAAGGGUCACAAAAAACUGAAUAACGACAGCUCUUGUGUUUGCCAUGGUGUCAAAAACUGCAAACUUGGCAAAAAAAUGUGCAAAAUGUGACAAGUGUGAUUUUUUUUUUUUUGAAGGUUUAAAAAAAAAAACAAGAGGUCUUGUGUGUGUCAUAAUCAAAGCACUUGUGUGACAAAUCUAAAAAUAACACUAACUCAAAGGUUUUUUUUGCCAGGAAACACGGUAAAACAAAGGGUCACAAAAAAUUGAAUAACAGCUCUUGUGUUUGCCAUGGUGUCAAAAACUGCAAACUUGACCAAAAAAAAAAAAGCAAAAAAUUUGCAAAAUGUUGUGACAAGUGUGAUUUUUUUUUUUGAAGGUUUAAAAAAAAAAAAUAAAAUACAAGAGGUCUUGUGUGUGUCAUAAUCAAAGCACUUGUGUGACAAAUCUAAAAAUAACACUAACUCAAAGGGUUUUUUUCCAGGAAACACGGUAAAACAAAGGGUCACAAAAAACUGAAUAACGACAGCUCUUGUGUUUGCCAUGGUGUCAAAAACUGCAAACUUGGCAAAAAAAUGUGCAAAAUGUGACAAGUGUGAUUUUUUUUUUUUGAAGGUUUAAAAAAAAAAAAAACAAGAGGUCUUGUGUGUGUCAUAAUCAAAGCACUUGUGUGACAAAUCUAAAAAUAACACUAACUCAAAGGGUUUUUUUUCCAGGAAACACGGUAAAACAAAGGGUCACAAAAAACUGAAUAACGACAGCUCUUGUGUUUGCCAUGGUGUCAAAAACUGCAAACUUGGCAAAAAAAUGUGCAAAAUGUGACAAGUGUGAUUUUUUUUUUGAAGGUUUAAAAAAAAAAAAAAAACAAGAGGUCUUGUGUGUGUCAUAAUCAAAGCACUUGUGUGACAAAUCUAAAAAUAACACUAACUCAAAGGUUUUUUUUUCCCAGGAAACACGGUAAAACAAAGGGUCACAAAAAACAGAAUAACGACAGCUCUUGUGUUUGCCAUGGUGUCAAACUGCAAACUUGGCAAAAAAAUGUGCAAAAUGUUGUGACAAGUGUGAUGAUGGGUUUUUUUUUCACGUUUAAAAAAAAAAAAACAAGAGGGUGUGUGUGUGUGUGUGUCAUAAUCAAAGCAAUAACUUUAAAAACACUUGUGACAAAUCUAAAAAUAACACUAACUCAAAGGUUUUUUUUUCCAGGAAACAUGGUAAAACAAAGGGUCACAAAAAACUGAAUAACGACAGCGCUUGUGUUUGCCAUGGUGUCAAAAACUGCAAACUUGACCAAAAAAAGCAAAAAAUUUGCAAAAUGUUGUGACAAGUGUGAUUUUUUUUUUUUGCACGUUUAAAAAAAGUGGGGCUAUGGGUCUAAACUGAAAACCAAAUUUUCUCAAAGUCCUCACAAUACACAUAUACCAGAAUUUGUGUAAAAUCUGUGUAUCGCUCUAGCACCCCCGGAGACAAGUCCUGGUAUUGCACCCCUGAUGAAUUAUUCACACUUGUGUAAAUUUUAAAGCUUCUGAUUGGCUGCGGGGCGGAAGGUACCCACAAUUACGGAUUGUGACAGAAAAGUUGUGUAUUUACUUCGUCCUGAUUGGCUGACUGGUUGAGGGUCCUCAUAAUGUAGGAGUUUGUCAAUUGUGUGUAUUUAAAUUCUCAACACCGAUGAGGUGACCGCUAAUCAGCCAAUGAGCUGCAGCCCCAAGCUUCCUGGCUUCCUGCUACAGCGUGAACACGUUGCCAUUUAAUUGUCUACUGCACUGGAGACACGAGGUAAGAAUGAAAGCACACUACUAUGUUUCAAGUCCAUAAAGUUUGCAAUCCCAGUAAGGAGAACACUGUAUGUCAACAGCAUGUAAACCAGCUAGUACUAUCUUAACAUACUAACUGGUUAAUUUAUGUUAGCACGACAUGGUAUGCUAGCCUAGCUUAAAGAGCUAUUUAAAGAGCUAGGUACAUGUUAGGUACACAAGCACAUGUUAGCAUUAAGCAUAUAAGUUUUCAUUUAGUCUUUGAAACAAAUAUAUUAUACCUAACAGCACAAGUAGAUAUUGUGCCUUGUGUUUUUUAACCUGCUAAAUUCACUUUUAAUACAAACUAAAAGACAUGACUUCCUAUGGUUGUUCUUUUGUCACAAAGUAAGUGGUAUGUAUUAAAAUAUAAUGUAGGUGACAAUGCAUGCACCUGAUGUAAAUUUCAGAUGGUCUUAAUCUAGUUUAGUGUAGUUAAACAGAAACAGCAAGUGAGUUGAUGUUUCUGUCUUGAUCCUUGACUUAAGGGGGAACAGUGUUUAAAAUGUUUUACUUGCACUAUUGCACUAUGACAAAAAGUUAGAUGUAAAAUGUUUGGUAACAGGUAAAACUGACAUACUUAAGUUCUUAUUUAUUGAUCAAAGGCAUCAUCUUUAUUGAAACAAAGCGAGGCAAUGAGGCCGCAGAGGGUGAAAGUAAAACCAAAAGAAGAGGCUGCAUACUUUGCAUCCUUAGGAAAGGACAAGGAUGGAUUUGAUAUCCGUUUUAUAAAUUCAUUCAAAGGUCGAGGAGUAUUCAGCAAGCGGCAUUUUGAGAAAGGAGAGUUCCUCAUCGAAUAUCGAGGACAGGUCAUAUCUAAACAAGAACAUGAAAACAGGCUAUGUAUAUACCAUGAUGCCCUCAAGGUGUUCAUGUUUGAAUUUCGGUAUAAUGGAAAGAAUUUGUGUGUUGAUGCUGCUCAAGAGGAUGACUCCCUCGGCCGACUUGUAAACGAUGAUAAUGUGAGCCCAAAUAGCAAAAUGAAGACGACCACUGUCAAUGGGCAGCCUCAUUUGUGUCUAUUUGCAACAACGGACAUCAAGCCUGGUGAAGAGAUAACAUACAAUUACGGAGACUCUGACUGGCCAUGGAGGUUAAAGUGUCCCACAGUGAAGGAGCCGGUUUGUUCUGGGGAUUUGGUCAGCCAUGGAAAAAUAAUUGCAACUGACAAGGAGAACAUAACUGAGGCAGAUCCACAACCUGCUGCUGUGACCAUGACAUCUAACUCCUUGAUCGAUGACAAACAGGUAUCAGCUGCCACAGAUGGUUACCAUGCAGAAGAGGCCAAGAUGUGUGUUUCCCCGAGUGAAACCAACGAACAGGACAACCAAACUGAGACAGAUCCACAACCUGGUGAUGCAAACAAGACAUCUGACUGCUUGACCGAUGAUAAACAGGACAGGAGAGAGCUGUGCUACCUGUCAACAACCCUUCAGCUGCCUCAGAUGACUUCAGAGAUGACUCUGCCCUUCUAAAGACUUCUAGUGGACAGGAGAGAACUGUACAACCUGUUGACAACCCUUCAGCUGCCUCAGAUGGUAUGAUCCUGUGUCAGUCCACCAAGCAUGCACAUUUCUGAUCCACUACUUGCAGGUCAGCUGGUGCUGCUGUUAUGGUCUAUUCUAAUCAUUUGUUUGAUAUUCCAUUCAUAGGUGACACUGCUCUUGAAGGGACAUCUAAAGAGGAUAAUGGGAAGAAAAAGUCCAGCAGGAAAAAAAAACGUCAUGAACAAAGUGCGAUUACCAAAAAUGCUGGAGUGGACGAUCCCAGGAGGAAAAUAAAGCAUCCAUGGUCUCCAGCUGAGGUUGCAGCUGUGAUGAGACAUUUUAAAGAUCACAUCAACAAUGGUAAACUCGUCACUAUGAUUCAGUGCCAGCAGUGCAAGACCGCUGAGCAUCAUGUUCUUGCCGACCGCACUCUUCAAAAUAUAAGAGAUUUUGUUAGAAAUCGUGGCAUAACACUGAAGAGGAAGAACCAAUAAGUACAGAGAGAGAUGAUGUUUUGUUUUUAUGUGUUAAAAGAUAAGAGCUGAGCUCUGUUAAGUGGCGACAAAGCCACAAAAAAUAAAGUUGGUUCUUUAACAACUUUAACAACUGGUUAUACCUGGUGUAAUGUCUUUGUCUAUCAGAUAUGUAUUAAUAGGUUUUACCCGAGGUGGAUAAUGACUAUUGUAUACUGAGGAUGUCUUACACACAUGCCACAGAUCAGGUAUGUCUUUAAAUUUCACAAUGGUAUUGUGUUCAUCUAUUUGUCCUCAUAUACUGGUUGUGACCUAUUAAUGCACAUUACUUUCAUUUUUGUGUUUGUGUGAAUCCAUGUUCCAGCAAGUCACCUGUGACCCUCCAAGUCACAUUAGUGUCAGUGUUUGUGUGUUGUAUAACAACAGUCCUUAUUAAUCAAGUUGGUUCUUAUAAUUCUCCUUUUUGUCAUGGGCGGGGUUUAGCAGCUCAUUAACUUUGUCCUUACAAGUCGUCGUAGUGUCAGGUUGUUGUAACUUGCGUUGCUUUUUGUGUUUCUGACUUUUGAAGUGAGAUUUGCAGAGUACAGCCCAAACCAAAUUUUUUGAUAUAUGCCACACCUCUGGGAAACAAGCGGAAAGGGGUGCCACCCUAAUACACCAAAAAACUUGUUUGGCGAGAGGUGUCCUUAUAGUUCACAAAAACCCGUAUAUAUGUGUGUCAAAUCUAAAAAAAAACACUAAAUCACCAAAGUUUUUUUUCCCCCCAGGAAAAAUGGUAAAACAAAACAACAGCUCUUGUUUGCUAUGGUGUCAAAAAUCAAAAACUGCAAACUUGACAAAUAAAAAAGAAAAAAUGUGCAAAACGUGACAAGUGUAAAAGGUUUACUACUGUGAAACAAAACUUCAUCAUGAGGCCUUGUGUUUUGCCAAAUGGACAAGAAAUGAUCGAGUAUAACGAUGCAGGAUUGUGAACGGACAAAAAGUGCCUUGAAAGUUGACUGUAUUGAUACUGUGUGAUACUAUUGAAUGCAGGUGAAAGAACAGUGAUAAAUAUUGAUUAAUAAACCCUGGCUACAGACUGCCAGG